AUGAGCUUUGCCCACGCCUUCCAAAAGAUUAUAGAUCAGCCAGAGAAGCAUGACUCAGUACUAUUCCAUGACGAGAAUGUAGUCAUUAUCAAAGAUAUGUUUCCCAAAUCAAUUCGUCAUGUAUUGGUCUUGCCUCGUGACCCCCAAGUGACUCAUAAACAUCCCUUGGAGGCGUUUAACUCGAAAUAUAAAGACUUUAGCGGGGAGGAAUUAUAUGAGAUGAUUGAGGAGUACGUUGAAAAGGCAAAAGAUUUGAUAGUUGGGAGUUUGUGUAAGAAAUUGGAGAUCAAAGACGCAGUAGAAGUUCAAGAAUUGAGAAAUACCUUUAUCAAAGCUGGUGUACAUUCAAUUCCGUCAUUAAACAACUUGCAUAUCCACGUAAUUACACAAGAUUUCCACUCCCCCAAAAUGAAGAACAAGAAGCACUACAAUUCAUUCACCACGAAAUUCUUUGUCGAUUUUGAACAAUUAAAUCCCUUGUAUAAUGAAGCAUACAACCGUAUGAUAAAUCGGAACGAUAAUUUCGACUCGGAAUCAGACACUUCUUCAGCCGAACUACAAGAUUCCGACAAACCCGACUUUAUAAAGCACACAAGAUCAACAACGGUAUUGAAUGACAUGAUUAAAUCGACUCCUUUCAAAUGCACUCAAUGUAGUGAAACGUUUGGACAUUCAAUGGUGAAAUUAAAAGAACACUUGAGUGAGGAGUUCAAGGCCAAAUAUGGGGCUUUAGGAAAUUCGGAAAAAUUAACAAUUGAAGACCUUUAG